AUGGUCCGAAAAUGGAAGGUGGGCGUCAAGGGGAGGGGAAUGGGCGGCAAAAAGGGGCGUCUGUCCAACGUCCGUGACAAAAGACUUGCUGAUCACCGUCAGGCACCAGUGCCAUAUGCUCUCCCUCCACCUCCGGUUCACGGGGCUGCCGAUUACUCCAGCUGGCCGGGAACGUCCUACGCGGAGACCUCUGACUCUGGCUAUCCGUUCUAUAUGAUGCCUCAACUUGACCUGAGUGUUGCCGCUCUUCCUCUCUAUGGUCCUCAACAAGGAGCCCUUCAUAUGGAUCCCCUUGGUAUUCCGUCUUCUACCCCUUCCUAUGAAGCGCCGCCUAUGCAGCAGAAUGCACUGGCUGGGCCCUCUCAGGUUGCGCAGAAUCAAUACCUGCUGAACGAGGACGAUCCAUAUCAUCCGGAGCAUGCGCAGCCUCAGUGGGGAGUGCCUCACAAAGGCUACUGGGAUGGCCAUGGAGGCACCUCUUCUGUCCCCGAAGCCGCUGCAGCGCAGUCGGAAAAUCCCGAUGAUCAGCCAUCGGACGAACGUCCGCGUAUUACGGACGAUUCUGCUGAUCGGCAAGGGGAUGUAGACACAGGGUCAGAAUACAUCUUCUGGUACUAG